CUGGAGGGCGGGCGGAGCGGAGCAGGGCACCGUUCCGCCGGCUGUUGGCUGGACGUCCCCAGGAGCGGAGGCGCGGGGGGAGCCCUCACCCUGUGCCUGCGCUCCCGAGCGGUCCCGGCUAGUCGAGCCCCGCCGGAGCGCAGAGUCCAGAUGUUGCUAUGAGGAAAGGAGUCAGCAAUGACUGAUGUGGAGCCUGUGGUUACAGAUUUUGCAGCAUCAGGACGGGCAGGCCGCCGCAAUGCCUUACCAGAUAUCCUGGGUUCUCCUGCUGGUGCUGGGACUUCAGACCUGCCACACAAACUGGCUGAGCUCUCCCUUUCAGAAGAUGAAGGAGCAGAGGGUGGAGAAGUGCCAUCAUCCAAAGCCUUACUGGAAAGUAAAGAGACAGAAGGGAAAAGCAAUGACUCCUAACACCUAAGGACUGCUGGAUUAAUGAAACUCAUCGACAGACUUUCCGGUUUCCUUGUGUCACCCCUUCUGAAGCGUGGUAGCAACUUUAGCAGCACAGACAAGAUUUUGCAGCACACCUGUACCUAGAUGACGUGGAACUACUGUUUUUUCUACUGCCCUACUCCAAAACCAAUGCUCUACACAUCCAAAUGGGAAGAGAAGUGAAGAAGGCAUCUCUCGGCGCGGGUUUUCUCAUGGUUCUAAGUAUUCACCCUCACUAAUCUCUUUUCUUUGGUGACAGCCUCAAUUAAUAUACCCAGCAGAUGUACCACCAGCUAAUGAUAGCUUCACAAUAAAAACCCUGUUUCUUAAUUUCCCAAAACAGCUUCUGUCUCGCUGACACAGAGGUGUAGUCACUCUCCCCACCUUAAAGUGACAUUAAGUAAACAUUAGAUUCCAGACAUUAGCUGCAAUUUACCUCCUGGGAUUAGUAUUCUCAUUAGGCAUAUGUAGAUGUGUGAGAGAGAGAAGGUAAAAAACCCAAACCCACCGUAUUUUUUUUCCUCUCUUCCUGUUUCCAAAAUGUUUUGUAAACUACCAAACCACCAGUGUUUGUUUUCAGACUCUGUUUCAAACACUUGUUUGCUUCUCCCUUCUCCCAUUUCUUAGCAGUCUUGCUACUUCUGUCAUUUUCGGGCUGAACAUUGUAGCUGUUCUUGUGUGUAUCUAAAAAGAAAGUAGCCCUGUUUGUAAGUGAUUGAAAGUGUUUAAUCUCACUGUGGAAAUUAAACAUCUAUCCUCUUUUCUGC